AUGAGUCAUAUUUCUCAAAGGAAUGAUUGUUAUACUGAUUUAAAUGAAAAUUUAAAAGGAAAUGACAAAAUAGCUGCCAAUGAUUUGGCAGUAGGAAUAAUCUUCAUGUCACAGACUGUCAUUGGUGUUGUGGGCAAUUUCUUUCUUCUUUGCCAUUAUACUUUUGUUUUCCACACUGGAAGGAGGUUAAGGUACACAGAUGUGAUUCUGAAGCACCUUUUUGUAGCCAAUGCUUUAGUUCUUCUUUCUAGAGGCAUUCCUCACACAGUGGCAGCCUUUGGAUUGAAACAUUUCUUCAAUGAUUUUAAGUGUAAAUGUCUCUUGUAUAUUGAGAGAGUGGGCAGGGGUGUAUCUAUUGGUACCGUGUGCCUCUUGAGUGUUUUCCAAAACAUCAUCAUCAGCCCCAUGGACUCCUGUUGGAAAGAUGUUAAAGGUAAAGCUCAAAAGUAUAUCGGGUUCUCCCUUGGCUUCUGCUGGAUCCUAAAUGUGUUGGGCAGUUUAAUUUUCCCUCUGUAUGCAUGGUAUUCAUCUGUAAAAGGUUAUGACAGAAUCAUCAAAAAGAAAGUAAAUAUAGGAUACUGUUGUCUUGUUGAGUAUGGGGUAGUCAUUCCCUCAAUCUAUAUAGCAUUAAUAGUUUUUCCUGAAGUUUGUUUUUCUCUGCUUAUAGUCUGGGCCAGUGGCUCUAUGAUUUCCAUCCUGUACAGACACAAGCAAAGGGUCCAACACAUUCAUAUUGCUAAUGCUUCCUUAAGAGCUCCUGAGUCCAAAGCCACACACAGCAUCCUUUUCCUGGUGAGCACCUUCAUAUCAUUUUAUACUCUCUCCACCAUUAUUCGAAUUUCUGUUACUUUUGCUUAUAAUCUCAGUUUGUGGUUAGUGAGUGCUUGUGAGCUAAUAUCUGUAUCUCAGUUUGUGGUUAGUGAGUGCUUGUGA